AUGCCUCUGCUAAACAGAAAACCGUUUUCACCAACAAAACUACCUUCAGAUCUGAAACCUGACGAGGAAGUCUUUGUUUGUCGCUAUACAAAUGAAAUUUUUCGGGAUUAUAGGUAAAUUGUGAUCCUUCUUGUAGUAUUUCUAUAUCCGGUGUACUCGCAUUUAUUUUGACGUUCACGGUUUCAUGUACUGUUGAAAGACACCGCCAUUUUUCCGUUUCAGGUCAUUUUUCGAGCGGACAAUUUUGUGCAGCAGCCUACUUUGGAGCUGUAAAUAUACUGGCAAGAGUGGAUUAACCUACCAAGAGGCGCUUGAGUCGGAAAGGUCGAUUAGAAAACAAGCCCAUAGCCUCCCAGAGCCCAUCCAGCGAGCGGCGCUGACUCUGGUCCACCACACUCAACGUGGUCGUUUAGCUAAUUUAUGCGAUGAAGUGUUUUCCUAUCUGAAAGAUCGCUACCAGGAAGGCGAAGAAGUUGAUAUACACUACCUCUCGAGCAAGUAAGUAUGUUUAUUUCUUUUUGAAGGGUGCUUUUUAGAAAAUGGGAUCACAUUUAGGGGGUGUGGGGCAGAAUUUUGCAUGGCAUUGCUUAUGGUGAUCGCACCAAACCGUCGUAAGGUACGAAGCGUCACAUGCCAUCCAGCGGGCGUCUUCGUCAUAGACAAUACUGAUCUAACUAUAAUAUCACCUUUCUUUCAACAGUUCUCUUCUUUUUCCUCAUCAGAUAAUUCUGGGUCUCUUAAACUGUGCAGGGGUGGGGUUUGGGGGGGUUAUUUUUUUCCAGUUCUUGUCUCAAGGAAAUUUAGAGAAAUUUUUACUUAACUUAAGGAAGGCAGCCAUUUUGUUUUAGUAGUCAGGCCCUGAAGUACCUUGGUUUUUGUUUAUGCUGAAUUUUAGCUUAUUGAGUUUUUCGACAUUUGGAGAUGGUGAUUAACUUUUUUGAGUGACAGCUGUCAUAAAGUAUCUUUUAUUUUGUAACUUUUACACUUUUUCAACUUUUAAUAGAAUUUUGCAACAUUGUCAACUCAAAUAUUUAGAUGUUAUUUGGCAAUUAGUUGAGCUUAGUUAUUAUGCAUGAAGGAGUAAAUUUUUUCAAUAAUAUAAUUGGGGCUGCCAUAGGUGUUCUGAUAUUUCUUGUAGUAUAGAUUAAUAAUAAAAAAGUUAAAUAUUUAUUUUAUUAAUAAAUUAUUAUUAUCCAUAACUUAAAUGGGUUAACAUAAUUAUUUUUAUAAAUUUAGCUACUAGUAAUGUGUUUAAUGAUAAUAUUAUAUUUUAAUGAUACUUUCAACACUAAAGAAAUUUAUGUAUGUUCUUUAAGUGACGAUUACCAAUGAGACUUAAGAUGUUAGGAAAAGAUUCAAAUUUAUCAUGGCAUUUUGAUUUUUUUAACCUAGAGGAUUGUUCACUGAAUAUUUCCUUGCCUCUCUAGAUACUGAAAUCCUUUUUAUUUUUUUUGAAAUGCAGGUAAAAGAAACAGAUUAAAGAAAAGCAAUAAAAUUAUGACCUAAUUAAAUCUUUUAUGUUUUGAAAUGACCAUUCUCUAAUUGUGUUUUUGGCCUUUUGAAUUAUUUUUUGUGUCAUGAAAACUGAAGAAAAUUUUGUGUGUCUCCAUUGUUGAUUUGUUCGAUGUGGGUAUUUUUUGUUUGUUUAAGCUGUCCUCUGUUUUUAAAUGAGACCUUGUCCUUAUGGCUUUCUGGUUAUAUUUUUCAAUCACACUGCUCUGUUUUUUGGAACACUGUUUGAAAUUGUUUUCUUUGUGGAAGUUGCUUAAAUUGAUGUUUGUUGACUUCAAAUUAAGCAUAAUACAAACAGAAGUCAAUGAUUACUUGAUCUCUUUAUAAGAUUUGGUCUUUCAGUUUUCUGUUGCUCAUUUUUAUUCACUUAAAGCUGGUUAACUCCCAGGAUUCAUUAGAAAUCCUCCUUACUGUCUGCCAUACAGUUCUUGUGAUGUUAGUUUUGAGAAUUUGGUGUUGGAUUGACUAAUAAUUCUCUACCUGAUAUUUUUUCUUAAUUCUCAUGACUUUUCUGCUUGAUAUGGUAUUGAUAUCAUAAGGAGAAAUUCUUAGUCACUUAUGGGAGUUAAAGGGUUAACAAAAUAUGUUUUGGUGCUGAGAAUGGAAAAUUUCUGCAAACAGGUUGCCAUGAAAAAAUGGCAAUAUCUAAUUAUGUUGAUUAUCUUUAAUUUUCAGUUGUUUUGAGAUUUUUAAUUAUGGUAUUUCCUGAAAUAAAUGCCUCGGCCCUUUUUUAAAAUUUAGGCAGGAGGGAGGGGCGCUUAUCAGAAGGAGGAUCCUUAGAGAUUAAAAACCUCAUGGACUUGAUCAGCCUGGUAUCAAAAGUAUUUUGUGGCUGAUCAGCAAUUGUAUGAACAGUGCUCUACUUUACUUUGGUUACUGCCCUUAAAUGUACACAUAUUAGUGUAUAAGUAUGUAACAGUCUGAGAGUUGAGUUCUUAAUGAUCUCACCCUCUUGAGAUCUAAUCACACUUCCCUGUCUUGAGUACCAAUUAUAUGCACUUCCUUGUAUGUUAUUGCUGAGAUUUUACUGCUGGCUGGAAACACUAUCCUCUAGAUGUCAAGUCUGUUUGUCCUGUCUGUUAAUUAACUUGACUGUUUGUGGGUGCUUUUAGGAGAGGUUACUGUAAGAACCCACAGAUAAGCUGCACCUUUUUUCCAAAAAUCAUUGCUAGAAAUUGGGGGUGUGGCUUAUCUGCGGGAACAUUUCCAUUUUUGCAUCCGAUCUAAUGCCUGGUUACCAAGCUUUGAAUGUUCCGCUCACAUUCUUGUUGUAAUGCAAAAAUCUAUGGAAAAACUGUGUUGAAUGAAGAAAUUCAUGUCAAUAUAUACCAGAAAAAGAUUGAUUGUAUGUCAAAGUUGCUAGAAACAAUAUUCUUUAUAUUAAAGUGCUAAAAUUGUGGGUGAGACUGAAGUAUUUUCCAUUGCAAUGUUAAUAGUGAGUUUAUGUUCGAUGAACAGUGGAUGAAGAAGACUUCUCAAGACUUGACUUUGGAUUUCUUUUGAUUUCUUUCAAAAAACUUUUUUCCAAAAUUUGAGCUGUAAAUUCAGUGUGUGGCUUAUUUGUGGGUUUUUACAGUAUAUGUUGAUCACUGUCUUCUAAAGGUGAAGGGGUUAAUCUCUGCUUACUUGCUGAAAUAGGAACUCAAAUUGAUUGGUUAACCCUCUAAGCCCUAAGAGUGACUACCAUCUAAUUCCUCUUUACAAUAUGACCACUCAAUCAAAAAAAUAAAGGUCAUGAGAAUAAAGGAAAUAAUCACCAACUAAGGAAACUCUUGAUUGUUAGAAAAAUUCUCCUUGUCAGCACCAUGGUAAAUGUACAGAGAACAGUAUAGAGAAUAUGAAUACUGAUGUUAGGGUGUAAAGGGUUAAGAUGGACAUCUUUGUUUUGUAUUUUCUUUAUUAGGAAGAGAGGCAUUAUAACCAGGGUUAUUUCCCCUUAUGAGCAAACAAGCCAGGCAACUAAAUAUCAAAGCUCUCCAAGUCAUGGAUCAAAGCCAGGGAAACUUCUCUCUCCAAAAUCAAGAAAGCAAAGCCAAUCUGGAGGAGCUUCACAGUCUCCUACAUCUAAGCAUCGUAACAGCAGUUCUGAUCGAACACCUUCUAAAGAAAGGAAAAGUAGUUCUAGUAGUUCAGACAGCCAGCCUUUAUCUACCCAAUCUAAAAAGUACAAUUCAGAGGGCAAGUCUACUAAAUCUCCAACUGUGAAAUCACCAAGGAGGAGCAUUGAUGAGGAAUCUCCAUCAAAACAUAAAUCACAGAAACUUAGUGAAGAAAGUUCAGGUCAAAAGACUCCUAGCAAAUCUAGAAAGCUUUCAUCUGAGGGUAAAAGCAUGUCAUCUGGCAAAGCUAUAAGUGAUAAGGCUACAAAAAAGGCAUCUACACCCUCCUCAAAGAAAGGCAGGGAGGAGAAGCUCACUUCUCCAAGGAGCAAGCAAUCUUUUGAGGGAACUGCAACAGAGUCACCAAAACCCAAAACACCAAAUACUGGUAAAACAAAAAGUUUUGAGGGUGAAAUUGUCAUUAUUGAUGAUGACAACAAUAAAGGAGAUAAAAAGACUUCUCAAGGAACUUCCCCAAAGUUAUCAUCUCCCAAAGAGAAGCCAGUGUAUAACUGGCCUUCUGCAGCUCUUUACAACUAUGAAAUCAGAAUUCAGUCAGAUAAAAGGGACAAGGGAUCAAAGAAAAAGGAUGGUCAUGUUGAGAUUAUCAUUGUUCAAUCAUCCAUGGUCAGGUAAUGAACUGAUAAUGGUUAAUUUCAUUUGUGUGACAUUCAGUAAUGUUUGAAUUAAUAUGUUUCCUUUAACAAGUGCCCCAGGUAUUUACCAAAAAUUUGUUUGGUUUUUUUUCCAUGUAAGGAGAGGUGAGGGUAUAGGGAAGUUGUAGCUUGCAGGUUUUAUGUUUGGUUAUAUCAUUUACAAAGCAUUUACAAUUCACUCUUAAGCCUUGUUUAUGAAUGUAAAAUGGGAUGUGUCAGGAAAAUACAUUCUAUCUUCAGCCCUUAGACAUCAGAGGUCUGAGAAGAGUUUUCUCAAAUCUUGCCCAAACAAACUUCAAACAUUUCAAGAGUGGAUUCAGAAGACCAAGGGUAGAACUAUGCUUCCACCUUAUGGGUUAUUGAGAACUAUUUUCUGUGGAUCCCAGUUUGUUUCAUUGUCUACUUUGAAUAACUGACUGCUUACUCAGUGCUGUUUCUUGGUCAGUCCAUAAUUGAAUUGAAUCAUGUGACAAAAAAAAUUAAGCUCAUACCACAGUCAACUUGGCAUGAAAUCAAAGCAAUCUAAACUGCAAAUACACACUAGGAUUUGUUGCCUGGACAAGCCUGUGCUCUUGGGUUUGGAGUCCUCUAUUCUCAGUGGAAAGUGCCAAAACUACAUUUGCCCACAAAUGAAGCAUCACAUAUUGUCCUAUUAGUGCAGUUAUUUAUUGAAAAUGUACACAUGCAUAUACACCUCAGUGGCACCUGAUUAGUACAUGCUUUUCUAUCACAUUUUUGUACAAGAUGAAAACAUCACCAAUUCUUUGUUAGUGAUCUUGACUUCUGAGGUUUUCCAAACAUCAGUCACCAUCAGUGACCACAUUCCUUUUCAGCACCAAUUUAAGUAAGACAUUCAGACUCUUAAAAAGGACUCACAUGACUUCACAUUAAAACAUCUCGUUUUUUUAACAAAAAUGUUUAUCACUGCUCAGUGUGAAAUUUUUUCCUAUGUUUCCAUUUAUUAUUUUAUCACCUGAUUUUUUUUCUCAGUCGUAGAAAGGGUGUGUUCACAAGAGACAAAGUGAAAAUGUUCCUUAAGAUUAGCUGUGAGAGGAGUACUCCCCAUUCUGAAGAUGGCAUCUAUAUUGUUCAGGUGAGAUAUCUUACAUGAGGGUGCAUAAAAAUUGCACAAAACAAUUUUGGCUGUUUCCUCUUAUUUGUCACAUUUUACACUUUACCUGCAUGCCUUCCACUUGUGUUUUUAGAGAACAUUUCGGCAGAAGUUUGAUUUGGGUGAACCAGACAUUCCGCUGAAGCUUGCCUCUCCUCCAAAGGACAAGAAACAAAAGAAAAGAAAUAUCUCUCGCACUGUGCAAGAUGGAGAGGGUGAGCCAGCUAAAAAAAAAAGGAAAAGAAAGAAGGAAGAAGAAAGAAAGAAUGAAGGAGGAGUUUCUUCCAAAAAGAAAGGAAAGGUAAGAUCAUCAUUUAGGAAAUUGAGUGAAAUUGAGAGAAACUGAAAGAACUUAUCUCCAUGACACAUGAUAGUUUUCCUAUGUUUAUUUUAAAUUUGGGCCAUGGUGGGAAGUUAUUCUUAUUACAAGCUUCCAUGAAAAUGGGGUCAACAAUCUCAAUAUCAUGUGUUGUUGCAGUUUGCAGCAUUCAAAUUUUAAAUUAGUUUUUCAAAACUGUAACCUAUCAUUCUCAGAACUAAUUUUGAAAUAUUUGACCCACCAUUUGCAUACUUAACUUUACUGAUCUAUUGGCACACCUGUCUGAAUCAACAAAAAAUCUUGCCUAACUUGCGUUACACUUGUCUCUGCAAAUGGCAUUGGCUUAUGUACACAAAUUCAUGUACCAAACUUUCCAUCAAUUCAUUAAAGUAAUAAGCCAUAAGGCUGACUAAAUUUAGCAAGAGGUUAGUCAAUUCACUUUGUGAAAUUUCAAACUUAGAAAUUAAUUGGUUUUGACAAUGAGAUCAAACCAGCUCUUUUCAUGGGCUUGAAGUUUUUUAAUUAUAUUGCAAAAUCACUUUUGCUGGUAUAUAAAUGGAUGUUUCAGAUUGAUUCAACUUGUCCUUCAUGCUAUAUUCAAAACACUAUUCAAACACUAACCUUAAUAAAUUUGUCAGCAUACAGAUACAUGAAUCAAUAAGAAAUUGCACCUAACUGUAGCUCAAACUAGGUCACUAUUAGUUAGUUUGUAUUGAUGACAUCGUCAUCAAGAUGUUGUCAUGAUGAACACAAUUGGCAGGUGGCAAAACAACAAAAAUCAAAUUUCAUCUCAGUAUUAGUAACAAAUCAGGUGUUGUUCUUAAAAUUGCUGCAAAGCACAAACAGGCACUAAAAUUGAAUUUAAAAAAUUAUCAUUGGAAUGGGGGUGUGUUUGGGGGAUAAGUUCUCAGAUUAUAAUCUCUUGUAAACAGCCGUUUCCAUCCAGGGAUCUUUCAUUGAAUGAAACUUCCACCUUUCAUAGUUUUGGCCCCUAUACCUAUAAUAUAUAGAUUUAGCCAAGCCUAAAAGUGGAGCUAGCAUUUUUUUUCCCCGUAUGUCUCAAGGGUACUGCUCGCGGUACAGUUGACCACACAUGUUGAAAGUAGCACCUUGUACGGUCGUACAGUCAUACAUCCAAAUCUUUUCAGCUUGAUGGGUUACUACUAUUUUAUAUAAUUAUGGGGCUACACUCUGCGAGCUCCGCUACCAGUACCAAUGGGUGUGGCGCUAUCUUAAUAUUACUGCAUAGUGGGACAUGGCAAAGGUGGUGCAUCUGUUGGAACUUGCAAUGUCCAGGACACCAAAAUAUCUAUUAAUUUGCCAUGUUAGUAAUCCACUAUUUUAGAACUAUUUCAGGAAUUUUGUAAGUGGAAAUGAAUUUUGAUAUCUCAAUAAAUUUCAGAAGGAGAAGGAUAACAAAGACAAGGGGGACAAGAUGAAGCUGCCACCUGAGGAGUGGCGCAAAAUCAUGGAACAAGAAAAAGAAAAGAGAAAAAAACAGUUGGAAGAAGAAAAAGAAAAAAAGAGACUGGAAAGAGAAAGGGAAAAAGCUGAGAACAAAGCCAAGAGAGAGGAGGAAAGGGCGGUGAAGAAGAUUGAAAGAGACAAAGUGAGGGCAACAAUGUUUCAUGUACAUUUUAACUAGAUUGCCUCUUUACUUAUGUAAUUAUGUCCUGUUACCUGCAGGUUUGUGUGAUUUUUGGUGCUACACUGUACAUGUAUUCAAGAGAUACACAAGUUAUUUGUUAUUGGGUAGAGAUGUAGAUAUCUGCCUUUCAAGUUUGGUAAAUUGAUUUAGAUGACCUUAGUUGGCAACACAAAGAAUUGUUUGUUAGCUUUAGUUUCCCAAGGCAUCAUCAUGAAAUGUUAUUGAUCUUACAUGCAAAUUAUUUCAAAAGGAAGAUACAUUAGAUUACAUUAGAUUGGCAAUUUUAUGGAAUUUUUUCAUACUAUGGACUAGAAUUCCUAAACAUUUUGAACCAGACCUUGAUUUUUCCUUUUCGUUUGGAUAUAACACUCUCCAGGGAAUAACUGCUUGUAAAUUUAGUGUGCUCUUCAGGGAAUAGAGAUCAUGUCAUCCAUCUUUCCAGUGUAUUAUGGCCAGGCUGAAACCUUUUACUCUUAGAGGUGAUUCACUGGUACAUAUAACUUUUCCCUAUGAUACGAGGUUAUUAUUUGGGAAGCAGGGAAGAAUAGAUGCAUUAAUCACCUACAGUAGCAGGUGUUAUGUUGAUGUUAUAUGAAAUUCUCUUUUAAAUGGUAGUAUAUCACAGGUAAAUAAGAGUUGAUAAUCAGAUGUUUUGGGGUACACAGGAAUAUUUUCCUUUAUCUGUUUUGUAUUUUUUUUGUUGUGAUUUACAGGAGCGUGAAAGACAAAAGGAAGAAAAGAGAUUGGAGGCUAUACGACUGAAGGAAUGGAACAGACCAAGAGAAGAUCUAGAGUUGGAUGAUUUGAAGGUUUGUGUUUCCUAUUCUCUUGGAAUUGUAGAUUAAAUGACCCUAUGGGGUCUUAACCCUUUUACUCCCAAGAUUUCUUCUGUAAUUCUCUUAUCUGUCUGCUAUACAAUUCUUAUGAGGUCAGUUCAGAGAAUUUGGUAUUGGAUCAAUUAACAUUCUUUAAUUGAUAUUUUUCUUUAUUCUCAUAUAUAUAUAUAUAUAUAUAUAUAUAUAUAUAUAUAUAUAUAUAUAUAUAUAUAUAUAUAUAUAUAUAUAUAUAUAUAUAUAUAGGAAGUCUGCAAGUCGAUUUUCGCAUGGAACAGUGCUCAAUACGUUGAAGCAGAGCAGAAUAAAUAUUAUGGGAGGAAAAAAGGACACAACUACAUUUCCCGACAAGCCUGUUUCGUGAAUCGCUUCACUCUUCAGGGGUUUAAUGAAACCCCUGAAGAGUGAAGCGAUUCACGAAACAGGCUUGUUGGGAAAUGUAGUUGCGUCCUUUUUUCCUCUCAUAAUAUUUAUAUAUAUAUAUAUAUAUAUAUAUAUAUAUAUAUAUAUAUAUAUAUAUAUAUAUAAUUAUAUAUAUAUAUAUUUAUAUCAGUAUUACGUGCUCAAUACAUUGAAGUUGACAUGAAUUGAGUUAGGGAAAAAAAGGAAACUAUGCCUCAUCCCAACAUGUGUUUUUGUGAUUAAAUCACUCUCCAGGAGAUUUUAAUGGCAAGAACAUUUGUAACCAUUGUUGAAAUACUAUAAAAUUUGCAUCAUAAAUGUGGCGGUAAAUUUAGAUGCUUUGUUCAGCUGUUACAAAGCAACACUUUGUUUCUGUGAUGGUGUGCAUAUUAUAAUCUGUUCAUUGAUCUUUUUAUUUAUGCUUAUCCUUUGAAAUUGUAUUCAUUUGAUAUUCUUAGUAGAGAACACUUCAUCCCGACAAGUCCUUUUUUGUGAUUAAAUACACUCCAGGGGAUUUUAAUGGCAAGAACAUUUGUAACCAUUGUUGAGAUACUAUAAAAUUUGCAUUAUAAAUGUGGCGGUAAAUUUAGAUGCUUUGUUCAGCUGUUACAAAGCAAUGCUUUGUUUCUGUGAUGGCAUGCAUAUUAUGAUCUGUUCAUUGAUCUUUUUCUUUAUUCUUAUCCUUUGAAAUUGUAUUAAUUUGAUAUUCUUAGUAGAAAUUUUCUCUUGGUCACUCAUGGUAGUUAACCUUUUGACCCCUAAGAGUGACCAGCAUCUAAUUUCUCCUAACAAUAUCACCCCUGAAUCACACAUUUAUUUUACAAGAAGAAAGGAAAUGAUCAUCAACAAAAGAAGCUGUCAGCUGUCAGCUGUCAUGCUAAAUAAGAAUAUGUAUGCUGAUGUUAGGGUGUCAAGGGUUUAGGCUUGCAUUGGUUGUCAUGCAUUCACCUUGUCAGUGUCAUAUAAUGCUCAAAAGCUUUCUGUCUCUCAUAGUGCAGUCUUUCUCGUUCCCAUGUAAUUUGAUUAAAAAGAAUUAAAAACAGAAGUGAUCUGUUGGAUUUUAUUCUAUUGAAUGGAUGGUAAGGUCGAUAAUUGGCUUUGAAAUAUAAAUUUUAAGUUUCUUACUCUCGCAGAUGUUAAAACAUUUUCCAUAAAAGACAAAAAAAAACUUUUGAUAUUUUUAUCUGACUUUUGCGAUUUCCUUAGUAACAAGGACAUCAGGAACUGUCCUUGAAUAAACAAAAAAAAAAACUAUCUAUGAGUUGAUUAUUCAACAGAUUUAAUUUAUCAUAUUUGAUCUACAGGAUCUGCCUAAAACUAUUCCAGUCUCCAUCAAACUUUCAUCCAACUUGUUUGGAGAUAUGAUGAUGGUCUUGGAAUUUCUCACUGUCUUUGGAAACCUGUUUGACAUCAGAGAUGAAUUUCCUAACGGUCUUACAUUUGGUGAGAAGACACAUUUUAUAGUGUUGUCAAGUACUUCCUAGAUCAGCCUUACUUGCUUGCAAUCUAUAUGGAGGAUUAAUUUUAAAAAAAUUUAUCUCGCUUUUAAUUAAAGCAAUUGGGGAAAUUUUCUGCACAGAGAGUGCUAAAGAAAUUGAUUAGAGGUAAUUUUGUACAAGUUGCCCCCCAAAUAUUAUUGUUUAUGAUUAAGAUGAAAAACAAUGAUUGUCCUAUCCUAUGUUACAUCCCUUUACCAACUAAAAGGAACAAGUAGUUAAAAGUGGCAAGUUGAUGUUGAUAAAUUGCCUUAACAUUUCCCAAACUUCUUAAUGACAUUCUUCACUAGCCUUUGAGCCUCUGAGUUUAUUUAUUCAUGCAUUUGCUUUCUUCUUACUUGUAUGAUCAAAGCUAUGUUAGAAGAGGCUCUGACUGAACACGAUGCAGAGGGUGUUUACUAUGAUUUGCUGUUGUUCUUGUUGGGAGCAAUACUUCGUACUCACUUAGAGGAAGAGGAGGAAGAAGGCUUGGAUGGCACUCAUGAGCAUGAACCUGUUAUGGAUCUUGAAGAUGAUGGAAAUGAGAAAUCUCAGGCAACAGUGUCAGCUUCAGCCACAAUGGCAGCUGCUUGGCCAAUGCAGCACCAAGGAAAACCUCUCCAUGAAUUAAUAAUGGACCCCUUCACAAGUUCUGAGCUGCUGAGAUUGCAUUUGUUAUCAUCUGGUGCCAGAAUAGGUAUGCAAACUGACUUGAUGAUUUUGAAAGUUAAAUUCUUCAAUGGAAAUUAUGUGAUUUUGUAGCAUUUGCAUCAUCAUAGGUGAAGCUUGUUUGUAUAGGUUACAGUGAUUGCAUGGGGCCAAGUGAAAUUAAGGAAUAAUAAUAUGCAAGUUUUCAGAAGUUUCUGUAGAAACAUGCAAUUAGAUUUUAAUAAAAUGAAGUGUAAAAGUUUUCUUUUAAUAACCCUUUAACUCCCGUGAGCGACCAAGACAGAAUGUGUCCUUAUAAUGUCAGUACAAUCUCAAGCAGGCAAGUGAUGAGAAGAAAGGAAAGUGUGAAUUGGGGAAUGUUUAACCACAUUCUCAGAACUAACAUCAUAAGAAAUAUAUGGCAGACAGUAAGGAGAAUUACUGGUGGUGAAAGGGUUAAGGGUCAAGAAGGUCAAAAACACAUGCUGUUGUCCAAUUUCUUAGGAAGCCAUUUCAGUGUUCAGUUAGGGUCAGUGAACUGUAAAACACACAAUAAAAUGUUAUUUUAGUACAGUAACACCAAAGUAAUUAAACCAGGUCUGUUAAAAAACCAUCUGCCAUUAAUGAACUUGUAAUACUUUUAGGCAAAGUUAAGCCUUUUUCAGUGUUUUCAAUUUCAAGUUAUAUUCCCUGGGGAAAUUACCAAAGUUAAAAAAAAUGCCCUCUGUCUUAGUCAGUCAGCCAGAGGAACACUAAAAAGAUUGUGACUGAUUAUUUACAUCCAUCGGUAAUAUCUCUCAUUACGUUAAAUUUCCACAAGUGUGCACCACUGAAUAGGCAUUGCCUGAAACAGUUGCAUGAGUAUUCAGAACUUUGUAAUAUUUCAUUCAAUUUAGAAAAGAUAGUUUGUUUUUAUGAUAAAAAAUUAUUUUACUGACCGUAAAAUCUGAAAUUUUAAAGCCUUUGGCAUAUAAUGACUCAUUUAAGAGGCACAGAGCAUUACUUGUUGUGUGCUUAUUUGACAAACAAAGUUACACUUCCAUAUCAGUAGUUCUCAUAGCUUGAAAACAGUGAUCUCAAAGGGGCAACAGUACAGUACAGUACGAUGUAAGUAAAGCUUCUAAAUGUAUGUGUGAUUGCUUAGAACAGCUGCGCAAUUGUUCUCUUGUUGGAGCUCAAAUGUACCAAAACAGUCUGUUACUGAUAACAAUCUAUGAUUGGAGUCUUAUUUGCCUACAUUGCACAUGUAUGUUGACAUUAAGACUUCCUUCCUUCAUCCGUAAGGUUGUGGCGAGUCAUCUUAUCGCUGGCAGCGUCGCGGUGGAUUUACAUACAGUGAUGACGCUGGAGUAGAAUUUCGCCAUGCUGAACCUCAGUUAUUAAAAUCCUUGGUAACAGGGAAUAUAUAUGAUAUGGCUGCUGAAGACAAACUCAAAGUCCUUGUUUCCCUGUGUACUCAGUUGAUAACAUACGCAACAGCUAGAGACUAUAUGGAAGAAGGAUUUGAUCAGUGAGUGGAUUAGGGUUCUAAAUGAUUUAAUGUUUUAAAAACAGUUUUUCAGUCCAGUACACAGUUGAAUGAUGCUAUCGUGACCUAACUUUACCUUUACUUGUACUCGUUGUGCUUCAGGUGCCGUAAGGUUCGUCGGGAGUGGCAGGAGGACCAGUGGGCAGAUCAGCGGAAGGAGAAAGAGGAAGCUGCUGCAAGGUAUCGGCGGAAGCAAGAGGAAAGACAGCGGCAGAAAGAGGAGCUGGAAAAACGGAAGAAAGAGAAGGAUCAGGAGAAGAUUGAUGCUGCAAAAGGAGACUCCAGGUAAAAUCAACUUUGAAUAUGAAUUAGAAACCUAAAGAUAUGAUUGUAACCGUGAUGGUGAGUGCACUUUACUUCAUGAUCGGAACUCGUAAGGAAAGUGAGGUUUCAUUUUCUCCUUAAAAGCAUGAUAAUGAAUUUCCUUUUCUCAACCAUUUUGAGUAUAACUUACCUUGUGUAGAAUGCAUGUAAAUGUAUUUACAAAGCUCCACAGAGGAAUUCCUAACGCAGAUUAAGAUAAUAAUCCUCGGGAGCUCGUAAGUAUAACCUUGAUGAUAUCAUUACUGGUCCAAAAUAAUACGGGAGAAGUUGCUACAAGACUAAGAAUGCAUUGUAAAAACAUUGGCAUUGAUCGCAUUGCAGGUGAUGACCUUUAAUGAACUGUGUAGUCAAUGUGUAAGAAGAUGGACAGUACCUUCACCAAAUCUUUUGUAUGUGAAAAAUUUUUUGUUUUAUUUUUCAGUCCAAAAGUUGAAGAUGGAAUUAAGAAAGUCUCAAAACAGGAGGAAGGAGGUCAAGAAAAGAAAGGAGGAAAGAAACCUCCCAAAAAGAAGGACGAAAAUGAGAACACUUCUCAAGCAAGUGAAAUAAAAGAACCAACGACCACAGAUAGCACAGUUGACGGAAGCAAAGGUACGGCAGACAAAGAAGGCAACACAAAUAAGACUCCUGUUUUAACUAAAGAGGAAGAAGAGGAGUUGGCGCAGCAGAGACGUGAAGAACGCAAGAGGAAGGAUCAGGAAUUUAUGAAUCAAUUGGCUAAAGCAGUAUCUAGAAGCGCAAUCCAGCCACUUGGACGAGACAGGGUCUACCGGCGAUACUGGGCAUUCAAAUCAUUACGAGGACUGUUUGUGGAGGAUGAUGACCCAGAUCAACAUUUGCUUUUGGAGCCAGUGUCUGAGUCCGAAUCUGAGGUAAGUGCUGAUGGAUGUCCUCUGGGGAGAUAAUGUUAGUGACACGUUAGGCUUUGACCUGGAAGGUAGGCUGUUACUGGGUAGUUUUGCCUGGAGCGCCGUCAAAUUCUAAAAUUUUUUCCUGGCCUUACUUUCUACAGUUUCUGUAAUUGUAGUGUACCCCGUUAGGUCCACAGUAAGGAUGAAUAUGUCAUUUAUCAUCCAAAGGUCAAAUAAGAUAUAUUUUACUCAUUUUGGGAGGAAAACAAGUAAUUUUUGUUCUUUUUAGAAUAACGAGGAAGUAAGUGAUGAAGAAGGGGAAGAGGAAAAAGAAGAAGAAGAAGAAAAAGAGAAUGGAAACUCGUCAUUAGACUCGAACAAUUUAGUUAAAACGAAGAAGCAACAGAAAAGUUUAGUUAACGGUGAUACAACACUGAAGAAUGAGUACUUCGAGCGAAAAGCUAUGAACAUGUUUAAAGUUUAUGAUUUAGCUAGAGAAGCAUCUGAAGAUGAAAACUGGAGCGAACUUUACAGGAAACGAUCUGUGGCAAAGUGGUCUUACUUCGCUUCUAGAGAAGACAUAGACGGUUUGUUAGAAGCUUUGAAUCCACGCGGAUUCCGCGAGAGACUUUUGAAAGAUGCAGUUCAACAAGAAUACAAACAGCUUACACUUUCUGUGGACAAGUGUCCGUUGAAAGCCGAUCUUCAGGGUCAGAAAAAGGAGUUCAAGCCCAAAGGAAGGCGAGGAGGUCGAAACCAGCCUACUGUGGAUAAGUCGCGUUAUAAGACAAUGGAGGAGUUCAUUGAAGCGAAUUUACGUGAUCAGAUACUUGACCUAGAGGACAGAAUAUGGCAGGGUGGACUUGGUGUUAUUAAGAAUACAGACCGUGAGGCGUGGAGAGCUAAAGUGGAGAAUGGUAUUUAUGAUGAUAUUAACAAGACUCAGACCAAACAUGCCAGCGAUGAGUGUAAGGUGAAUGGAGUCAGUGAUGUCAAAGAAAAUGGCGAUGCACAGUUUAUGGAGCUUGGUGAAAGUGUCAGAGAGAUUAGUGAGCUUAAUGAGGACAACAAAGGGGAAACAUUGAGCGUGAAGGAAGAAAAGCCAAUGGUUUAUGAUGAUGAGGAAUUGCCAGUUGUCAAUGGAGUUAAGGAUGAGAUUAAACAAGAACACAGCACAGGUAACUUGAUCUUUUUUAGUAUUGUUGUGUUUUGUUGUUAGACAGGACACUUAACUCCUAUGGUCCCCUCUCCCCUUUGCUGGAGGAGAAAUUGGUACCGUCUGACUCUAAAGGUAGCCGGACCCACAGUCUAGCGUUGGGAGUAACUUACAAUUGACCAUUUCCCAUUCAGGUAGAGUUGUAAUUGUUUCCGUCGCUCGAGACCGGAAUGAACUCCCACUCCUAUUUGUUUUACAAGUUUUACAUUCCAAUGAACUUGAUAUCCUGUUGUUGAAAUUCGGGCUUUUUCGUCUUUCGGUCUUAUUUUGCUUUACAGUAAUCUAGGUAAGGUAUCAUGCUUUGGCUCUUACGCGAUAAAGGUCCACGUGUAACCUAAAUUAAAGAAUAAGUGAACAUGCGUUCUUUGGAAUUUUUUACUUCUCAUUCACAGCAUUCCUCGCAAGCAUUCACUUAGUUGAAAAAUGGACCUUGUCUUUGUUGAGGUGUCAAGAGGCAAACGUGGAAGUCUUAUAAGUUUUACUUGUUAUAGAAUAUUUCGCUUUCGCCCCCGUUUCAGUUCCCGAAACUUUCACGACUGUUCUUUUCUUUUAAUUAUAGAAUCCGCGGAUGGCGUUAAAGUGGAAGUCAAGCCAGAUGAACGUUCAUUUACAGCUGUUCCAUUUCAUCUUCAGCUCAGUAGCCGCGCCUCAUCCCCAGCGGCAGACACUCGGUGCAGUACACCCACUCUUAGCUUAGUUGUUGGACCUGUGGCAGUCAACCCCGCUGUCAAAGAACUUGCGCGGGAACUGCUCAAAGUAAGAGGAAUUUUGUAAGAGAUAAGGCCGGUCUUAGCAAUGAUGUGUCGGUCAAACUAGGCUAAUUUUUAAUAUUGCCGGAAUACGAGGAUGAAUGGCUUUUCCUGACUGCGUAAUGGGAUUAUUCAUAAAAUAUUUCGCCACCUUCAUUGCAAAUGAGAUUCAAGACUUAGUUAAGGGCGACGUAGUUACUCACAUUCUCUCGCACUUUGGGCAGUUUAUUAGCCCUUACAUAGUGUGCGAAUUGACUUCUUGUGAUAUUUACUAUUUAUCUGACUGGUCAUUGUGUGUACCAUGGGAUCGCCUAGAGUAGCCCUUGGCAACGCACGCACAGUUAACGAUGUUUUAGUCCGCACUCCUCAUCAACCCUGAGUAAUAGAAGUUAGUGGCCUCUUGCGGUUUAACUUUUACCGACUCGCGUUUCAUAUUGCUGUGGUCGACUAGUUAGAACAAGUUGUUUUUGACGAGCGUACAAUUUCAAUUUCGUCCGUUCAGCAACAGAGGAAUAGAGAUUGAAUAUAUUUCCUACGUGUCUGUUAGACUCUAUUUGGCGCUCUUAAUUUGCCCUUUCUGAUUAAGCUAAUUAAUGUCUUAAACUUAACAGGUGGAGCAAGGCAUAGAGAAAAAGUAUCUGAACCCACCUCUUGGUGAGGACGAGGAGACCAAGCGACAGAGACAGAAAGAGGCGGCUGCCGCGGCUGUCAGCGAGUUCAACGAGAUGAUGAAGGCUGCAGAGACUAAGGAGAAGCAGAAGAAAGACAAGAAAAAGAAGCAGAAUGGUGGAAGUGGAGAAGAUGCCAAGAACAACGAGGAGAAGAAAGGCGAGGAUGAAGGAGAAGAGGGAAGAGAAGACGACAGGAGCUGUAGUUCGUCGGAGGUAGAGGAGGAGGAGGAAGCCGUAAAACAGAAGACAUGUCUGGAGAGGUGGGAGGAGUCCCUCCUUGUGUGUACAAAUUUGUCGCAGGUGUUUGUGCAUUUGAACACGUUGGACCAGUCCAUUGCCUGGAGCAAGUCUGUGUUAAACGCUCGGUGUCGACUCUGUAGGAGGAAAGGAGAUGCGGAACACAUGCUGCUGUGUGAUGCCUGUGAUAGGGGUCAUCAUAUGUACUGCCUCAAACCACCUAUCAAGGAGGUAUGCAACAGAAAAGUGUGCACCAUCAUGCUGAUGCUGAACGCUCAGCGCGUCGUUUUGUUUUUAUUAACAUGUUUGUCUAUCAGAUUACAUUUUUCUAUAAUAACUUUGGAUGCUUUGCAUAGUAGAAGCUUUCUCCUUUCUAAUGAAUGAGUCAAACUUAAAAUUCACUCUCUUACUUGGUGUUUUUCAAGUCUAAUUUAAGAUUUUCAGGCAUAAUGUCUCAACGAAUCUCAUAGUUUUCCUUUUACAGCUCAACUGUUGUUACAGGGUUACGAAAUUGAAAGUGACCAAUCCACUUGCGGAUGACGAGCGAUCUGUUCCAGCUACUAUUGGCUUUGUACCUAUACAACAUUUGACACGGUUGACAGUUUUUUAUCUUUGUACGUUACUGUCAACAAAGUAGGGUGCCUCACGAAAAAUUGGUUUUAGGCGCGCUACUUUUGUAGAACUAUGGAAAACCAUAUAUCACUGUAAAGCUUACAAAGGUGUUUUAGUAGGCGCGCUCAAGCCUUUAAACACAACACUGACGGUGUUUGCUUUACUGAAUUACCAGCUUCCGUGUUACUGCGGACCUCGAAACAAACUGGACAGUAUCACUUAGCAGAUGAUAGGCGACCAAAGGACAGGAGGCUUUUUCGAUAUUCCUAUUACGAGAAUGUGUUUUGAGGUUGGACAAUAGAAAUAAUUUCGGUUGUUGUCACGCUCAGGGACGUUACGAGAGAAAUAAUUUGAAUUUCGUUAAAGCCUCCAACACUUCUGUGUGUUAAUACCUGACGAAGAUUCUGGCCGAUUUUCAUGAAAAGCCAACAAAUCCACAAACCCUAUUAAUUCGUUUAAGCAAAGGUUUAAGCGCGUGUCAAUGCGGUCACUCCGGGACAUCGAUCCCCCGACAAGUCUUGCAACAAGGAACUUAAAUUCGCGGGGAAGGUCAUUUCGCGAAACAGGGAACACGAAUCAAACUAAAUCCAAAAUUCAAGAAGAACUUAAUUUCGAUUUCUUUGGCUCGGGCUCUCUUGCGACUUUUCUCGUUUUGGUCGUUGAUGAAAACUAUUAUUUCUUAACGUUUUGCGAAAUGUGCAGUGCAAGACGCGAUGUAAACAAAAUAUGCAAAUCGAGAUCCUGGACGAAACCCUGCGGCAAACUUCAACACUCUUCUGAAGGCUUUUCCAAUUAUGACACCUUUCAUUCUUCCAGCCGUAUCUCGCAUACUUUUUUAAGACAAUUUUUGGCGCAAAUUAAACUUACGACUUUCUCCAACUGAAGAGCAGAAAACGAAAUUUUGAAAAUUUUGGAAAGAUUUUGGUGACAGUAACCUUGAUUUUGAUAAAUCGAACCAUUUUCGGUCAAGAAUGAUAAAUGACAUCCUUUGGCAGCCUGCUAGUGUUCCUUUUAAUGUUACCAAUGUACAAAAUCUUUGUAUAGUUCGUUGUUGAAGUAAUAUCAUUCUUUGCCCAGGUUCCUGAAGGACAGUGGUUUUGUGGUGACUGUCGCCCCAAGGAAACAAGGCGCAGCGAGAGAAAGAAGAAACCCACGGCUAGUGAUAAAGAUGAAGAGGAAGAAAAUGAACAUUCAAACGAAAAAAAGGAAGAAAGCGAGGAAAUUAGUGACGAGGAUGAAGCCGACAGUAAAUCAAACAGUUAUCAGGAUGAGUCUGAACAAAGUAAGUUUUACAGGGUUAUACUUUUUUCGUUCAAUUUGACAUGGUUAUUGUCAAUCACAUCACGGUGUAUGAAUACAUCGACCAUUUUCUAUUUCGUUGUUUCGCGAAUCUUUGGAGAUUGAAGAUUGUACUCUGUUGACCCUCUGUUAUACCGGUGUCCUAGCGGAUUUGGACCCUCAACAAAACUGAGUGAAAACAUCAUCCUUGACGUUCUAGUAGAAUUAAUUUAUGUUCCAGUGCGUACUAAAGUAUGUUUUCGAUUCAAAACAUGCAACUGGCGGCUGGAAAUGACUCUCCGCGAUAAUCGAACACCGCUAGAUUCAAUAGGAGACAAACUUUUGACACCAAUUUAUUUUGUUAUUGUUCAAUGCUUGAGUGUUGGGACGACAUGGUACAGUGCGAGUUGUGCAAGGAAUGGUUGUACAUGAGCUGCGAGGGAUAUAAGACUGCCUUGGAGGGCGAGUGGUUCUGCAUUGUCUGCAGACCGCCCGGCUCUAGACGUCUUCGUAAUUUUUAAGGUGUUAUUUCGGAUCCCUCAACGGUUAAUAUCCGUUGAAAUUAGAAAAUAAGAUUGAGUUCGAUGUAAUAGUCACCAGUUUUGUUAGGACGUAGACAUUAAUGUUUAUUUACCUUUGAAAAUAAGCUGAGAGUUCCAAUAUAAACUUAUAAUAAUAAGCUUUAGAAUAGAAACAUUUUUACUUGCCAUAGGCUUUACGAACGACUUUUAAUAGGAGUUGGGACUUCGUUCUUGUUCAGAAACUGUUUAAUGUUAUUUAAUUGGAAAAUCAGACUGAGUUAUUUUUGUGACUGGAUGCAACAGUCUCCACUAGUGUUAUGACGUUUCGUAUUAAUGUUGAUUCGCAUCAGAAGAAGCAAAGAUUUACUGGAACAGUUUCAAAAGUUCGAAUGCAGUAGUUUGUUCGCAUUUAAUUCUUGCGUAUACUGUACGACUCGCUAUAAUAAAUGUGGCAGAAUUGGAACGAAAUGGUUGUUUUUCUUUACCUUUACUGAGGAAUGUUCUGUUGUGAUAGAAGAGAACAUCGGCAAAAAGCUUCCAAAUAGAAUUAGUGACCAAGUAUGAUACAAACGAUGCUUAAAAGGAACGUUUGGUAGGGGGGGGUCCAAAUCUGCGAAUAGGGGUCCAUAUCCGCUAGUGGAUUUGGACCGGGGGUUUAUAUCCGCGGGGGGUCCAAAUCCGCUGUGACACCGGCAAUCUUUGGGUCAAUCUUUAGAUUUCGUGGAAGUCUUUUUCGGUUACUCUUGGCUAAGUUAAGCUAAGGAGUCUUGCGAAGGUGCUUUCGCCCUAUGCCCUCGCACCGCUCACGCUUCUCUCGCUUGAUUGGGGGAAAUUAAAAGGGCCUCUGCGAAGGCCACCUACCAUUAGUAUUAAAAUCACACUAAAAAUUUAGCGUUAUCUCUAGACCGUGUCAUUUUUUGUCUUUCAAUCUUCUCCAUCCAUGAUCCCUCUUAGUUUCUCUUUGCCUCUUUUUCUCAACAUCCAACUAGGCAGUAAUAUGUUGCAGCCUCCUUAAAAAUGAAGUUAGUUUUCACGAUUCAAAGGAACUGUCCAGAACAUAAUAACAAUAACGUACAUCCACUAACUGUCUUUGUUUUCAAUGGUAGGUGACACCAGUGAGACUUCUGAACAUGGCGAUCAAUGUGCAGUUUGUACUGAGGGAGGAGAGCUACUGUGCUGUGACACAUGUCCACUUGCCUAUCAUAUUAGUUGUGUUUAUCCGCCCUUACGACGAAUUCCGCGCGGAAACUGGGCUUGUCAAGUGUGCACGGGGGCCGACGAUGAACGACCACGGAGCUGCCGCGUAAAGAAAGCCACUAUUGAAGGUAAAACUCAGAGAAUAGUUUUUUGUUUCAGGCAAAGUUAUGUCCUCCUAUUCAGAUGAGUCGGUUUUCCGAGAGUCAGUGCGGUUUCCUUUUAUCCCGUCCAUUGCAUAUGGUAUCAGAUAACUAACCCCGGUAACUCUUUCACUCCCAAGAUCUCAUUAGUAAUUCUCUUUACUAUCUGUCAUGCAAUUCUUAUGAUGUUGGUUCGGAGAAUUUGAUAUUGGAUCAAUUACAAAUGCCCUAUUUGAUCUUUUUUUUUAUUCUUAUCACUUGCCUGGUUGAUACUGUAUUGAUAUUUUAAGAAGAAAUUCUGUCUUGGUCACUCAUGGGAAUUUAACGGUUAAGCAUGAAACUGAGGUAGUGCUUAUUCUCUCACCCCCAAAGCAUUUCUUAUCUUAUCAGAGUUGUCGGUAGAGGAGUCAAGGCUACCGACUGAUCAAACAUUGUUGGAGGAGAGGGGAAAAAUAUAAAAAUAAAAGAAAAUAGGAUAAAUAGUUAUCAUUAUGAUGAGAUAAUGAAGUAAACGCGAAAGUCCAACAUCCAUUUUUCACACGAAAGUAUCUCGUGGACUUUGGCGAGGAAUAAAGAAGACAUGGAACGAAGACGUUGAUGUGAAUUGUGUAGAUUGAUGCUUCGAGUUUUACGGUAUAGCACCUUCUUAAGUGCCAUUGAAUGCUUAUCUCUUUACUCUGCAACUUCCAGCUGCCCAAAGAAGUCUUCAGCAGAGCAUCAAGGUCGGGAAAAGGAAAGCUACCCGCAGCAAUUCCCGUCAGAGCAGCAGGCAAGCAAAGAACACCAACAGUCAGAGUCGGAAAAGACAACCAUCGUCUUCUCCAUCACCUCCACCGCAUUUAAGAGUUGGCACCAAAAUUGACAAGUCCACUAAGCGGCGGCGACUCUCUUCUUCGUCACCUUCAGAAUCAUCUCGUUCUCCGUCGCCUGCGUCGAAAUCCAGUCAGAGACGCACUGUUAAGAUAGCGUCGCGUGGCCGUGGUCGAAGUUCUCUCGAUUCUUCUCGGUCCUCGUCUCCAAUGCCUCGAUCUGAGCCGAGUAAAAAGGCUUCUGGGAGGAAAGAUCCUAGGCUAGGAACAAAGUUUGUUUUGUGCCAAAAGUUGCUAAACGAGAUGAUUAAACACGAGGACGCCUGGCCCUUCAUUGAACCUGUGGAUGUCGAUGAGGUAACCCAUUAACUGUGGCCAAAAAAUUGAUCUAGGAUCUAAUUUAGGAUAAGCUUCGAUCCCUAGGAAGUAGACCAUUCUCCUUCACAAAUCUUGUAACUAACAAAUAACUUUGCGCUUUUAAGACAAGUUGAGCUACGUAUCAACAUUUUUUAUUAAGGGGAUAAGUUUUAAAAAAAACCUGUGCUGCUGCGUGGGUAGGAGAGUAUAACAGGGUAAUUUUACUGUCGAUACUUUCGUUAUUUCUUCCUUAAAAACUCAACGCAAAUAACUAGCUCGGAACUUAGCUCUACACUCCGAAGGAAAGUGUUGGUCACCAGCUUAUGAAGGUGACGGUCACCAGGCUGUCAAUCUUUGACCAUCGUCAUUAUUUUUCACUUAUUUAGCGAAUUAUGUUAAGUUACGUGAAACAGAUCCCGCAUGUUGACUCUUUCCAAAACGACUUUCUACCUAAAAUUUCACAAUAUUGCGGUGAGGGUCGGCCAAACAAAAACAAGAAUGGUAAUACAAAAAUUACAGAGAACCCAUCGACGAAAUAAGAAUUACACUAUUACACUUAAAAAGAUAUUUAAAUAGAAAAUAGCCUUUGAAGAUAAUUACAUAACAACAGAAUAAACAGAUAAUUCGAAGAAGAAAGGGCGUACCCAAGUUACCGCCCCCAAGAGUACUACCUGCUGUUCAUAUAAGUUAACUGAUUAGAGAUUUAGUGAGGAGGGUGAAAAGUACAAGUUGUUUACACCUUUAGUUUCUAUCAAGAAAGAGGUCACCUACUAUACUUUUAAAGUAAGACCGCCAAAGAAAUAGGACUGAAUUAUCAACUAGUUUUUACUAUUUUUUGCUGAAAAGUUUGUGCUUAUGUGCUAUGUGCAUUCAUUUUCCAACACUGAAAUAAGUCUAAAAAAAACACAUAAACAGAAACUUCUUGCUUGAUGCCAAUUUUGCCUUUUUACAUAAGUAUUAUUAACUGAGUUGAUAACGGAAAUAGGCCACCGUAUAGAGUUUUAAAACUGACGUUUCGAGUGUCAGCCAUUCGUCAUCGCUCUGACGAAGGGUUAACGCUCUAAGAUUGUUUUGUAAGAAAAAGGAAAAUAAAGUGUGUGUGUAAAGUGUGUAACGCUCGAAACGUCAGCUUUGAAACUCUUUGCGGUGGCCAAUUUACGAUAUCAAUUCAGUUGACAAUACUAAAUUACCCCAACAUUUUUUAUUGUCUUCUUUGGGAACGAGGCCUGGUCACUGUAAAUUCCCAGUAAUUGUAUUGAAACCCUGGUUGAAACCCUUGAUAAUAGUUUCCGGAGAGAGCAGUAAUAAAAAGAACAAGCUGCAAUAAGCCUGGAGGGAACAGGGUUCGGUAACAAGUCGCAAACUCGGGAAAAUUUAGCCAAAUUCUUCAAGAUUUACAAAUGGGUACGAAAAUUAUUUUGGUAGACUAUGCAUUAUAAUUAUAUUAGGAUAACUUCCUUCACUUCCUUUUAUUUUUAAUUUUUUGUCCUAGAACCCUGAUUAUUUGGAGAUCAUAGAAAGGCCUAUGGACUUAGGAACCAUCAAGCAAAAUUUAGCUGCCAAGGCAUACGAUUAUGUGGAGGAUUUCGCCGCCGACGUUCGCCAAGUGUUCAUCAACUGUUCGGAAUAUUGUCGGCCACGAGGCAAAGAAGCCCGAGCUGGGAUUCGGUUGUCGGCCUUUUUUGAGACGCAGUAUUCCGACAUGGGUCUAGAUGCGACAGAGACUCGUACGACUCGAAGUAGACGAAUAUGAAUCCGCAAAGAAGUGUGAAGAUUUAACCAAGAACCUGAGAGAAAAACAAAACUGAAGAACGGUAGUCUUUCUCCUCUCCGUUUUCUAUUUUAUGGGGAAUAAGCUUAAAGGAGAGGAUAAUGUCUUCUCUCUCGCGUAGUUAGUACUUCCUGUAACAUUGCUUAAGACACGGAGACAAAGCAAACUUUAACUACUUGACAAAAAAAAUCUCGCCCACGAUAUUAUGCUAGAUCAUUCGCUUUAAGUAGUCAAAUCAGUGUAUUUUGUACUUUGUUCAAGGCUCACUCGUCAGUCAAGCAAUAUCUCGCCGAAUAUCGCAAAAAAAUAGCAGCGUUUAUUACUGUGGAAAGCGAAUCUGCUUUGCCUUGAAUUAGUUUGAAGUAAAACUAAAAAAAAAAAGAAUAAGCAUCAAAUGUAAUUAUUUAUUGCUUGUGGGGCGGCUGAAGUCGCUUCGAUUCGCACUAAGU